UCUGAAACUAAACGGAUCAAUGAACAACAUGAUCAUCAGGUUGAUAUUGCUUCUGGUGUUUGUUGGAUGGCUCAUAGUUUGGAUUAUGGUGCCAACAAAAACUUACAAAUAUACUUGGAAACCCAACCUUGAAGCCAAUCUCACUUCAACUUAUUUUGGAGUGCAAGGGACAAAUCUGCUGCUUUUCGCUUUCCCAAUGAUGUUCGUAGCAGCCUUGAGCUGUGUUUAUCUUCAUCUAGUUCAGAAAAAAUCACAAAACUCCACCGAGAUCAGGUCGUCGGUUGCUGCUGGCUUCUGGAGACGUCCGGUGGUUGUAACGGCUCCUCUGGGGGUCGUCACGGCGAUGGAGCUAGGGUUUGGGGUGAUGUUUAUUUCACUCUUGGUUUGGUCUCUAGCUAACUACUUGAUUACCAGCUUCGGCAACCUCCAUAUGCAUAUGAAUAUGACUACGAUGAUGAACAUGGAUAAAGUAUGGCAAAGCAAGUUUCGAAGUGUAUCGUUGAGACUUGGGUACAUUGGGAACAUAUGCUGGGCGUUUCUCUUCUUUCCUGUGACUCGAAGCUCUUCGAUUUUACACGUGUUUGGGCUCACAUCGGAGUCGAGUAUAAAGUACCAUAUUUGGCUUGGCCAUCUCUCCAUGCUUCUAUUUGCUGUACACACCGUAGGCUUCAUCAUCUACUGGGGCAUGACUCAUCAAAUGGCUGAAAUGCUAGAAUGGAGCUCGACUUAUGUAUCAAACAUAGCUGGAGAGAUUGCAAUUGUAUUUGCAAUGGCAAUGUGGGUGACAAGCAUUCCUCGUGUUAGACGGAAAAUGUUUGAAGUAUUUUUCUAUACGCACCAGCUAUACCCACUCUAUAUCUUGUUCUACGUCUUACAUGUUGGUGCUUCCUACUUCUGUAUGAUCCUUCCCGGAAUCUUCCUCUUUGUCAUUGAUCGAUACUUGAGAUUUUUACAGUCUUCCCGACACGCUGCUUUAGUCUCAGCACGGGUUCUACCUUGUGAAACAAUUGAGCUCAACUUCUCCAAGAGCAAAGGAUUGGAUUAUAAUCCUACUAGCAUCUUGUUCGUCAAUGUGCCUAGCAUAUCAAAGUUGCAAUGGCACCCAUUUACAGUGAAUUCAAACUCUAACAUGGAGGCGGACAAAAUAAGUGUUGUGAUUAAGAGUUUAGGAAGUUGGUCUCAAAAGCUUUAUAAGCAACUGGCUUCUAAUUCGGUGGAGCAUAUCCAAGUUUCUGUUGAAGGACCUUAUGGACCUACUUCAUCUCAUUUUAUGAGGCACAAGGGUUUGGUGAUGGUAAGUGGAGGCAGUGGAAUUACUCCUAUGAUUUGCAUAAUCCGAGAAAUUAUUUUCCAAAGCACUAAACCCGACUGCCAUGUUCCAAGUGUACGGCUGAUUUGUGCAUUCAAGAACUCAGCUGAUCUCUCACUGCUGCAACUAUUGCUUCCACUUUCUGGCACGCCUUCUGACCUUACCCAGAUACAAUUGCAAAUAGAAGCCUAUGUUACAAGGGAGACAGAGCAGCAGCCUCCGUCUUCCCAAAAGCCAUCCCAAACUUUAUGGUUUAAGCCAAACCCAUUGGAUUUACCGAUUUCUGGUGUUCUUGGUCCAAAAAGUUGGUUAUGGCUUGCUGCUAUUAUCUCAUCCUCAUUUGUCUUAUUUCUCUUUGUUUUGGGCAUGGUCACUCGUUUCUAUAUAUACCCGAUUGACCACAACACUGGUGAUAGUUACCAUUACUCCUUCACUUGCCUUUGGUACAUGUUUUUGGUCUGUGCCUCCAUUUUUAUAGUCUCUAGUACAGUUUUCAUCUGGUGCAAGAACCAAAAUGCCAUGGAAAGAAAUCAAAUUCAGAAUGUAGAAGUACCCACAGAAACAAUUGAUGAUAGAGAACUUGAAAGCUUUCCCCUUCAUCAUGAGUCCCUGAUUGCUCAAGCUACCCAGGUGCAUUAUGGAACAAGGCCUGAUCUCAAGAAAAUUCUGUUGGAAACUAAAGGAUCUGAUAUCGGAGUGUUGGCUUGUGGCCCAAAGAAGAUGAGACAUGAGGUUGCCAAACUUUGUUCAUCCGGUUUGGCACAGAAUCUGCACUUUGAGUCUAUUAGCUUUAACUGGUGAUGCAUACAU